UAGAAAAGGUAAAGAAAAAGAAGAUUUUAUUCAUAUUGAUGAUGAAAUACCAAUUGAACAAUUAUCAGAUGAAGAUAUUUUAGCUGCGGUAAUUCCAACUGCUGAAAAUGAUGAUGCAGAAGAUGAUGAAACACCAGAAGAAAUAGACGUUAUUACUAAUAGAGAAGCGUUGAAGAGUUUAGAAAAGUACAUCAAAAACAUUCAUUACUAGGGAAACGGUAAACCGUUAC